AUGUGGAAGCAACGAUCUCGGGCAUUGUGGCUGCAUGCAGGGGACAGCAACACCCGCUACUUCCAUAGCAGAGCUACACACAGGUUUCGACGAAACAAAAUAGAUGCAUUGGAAAACUCUGUGGGCGAAAAGUGUGUGGAUGAGAGUGAGGUUGCCAACAUAUUGGUGGAGCACUACCAAUCCUUGUUCACCUCUUCCUCGCCAAACUCGAUUGAGGCAGCACUUGAAGCUACCAACGUGGCUGUCACACAUGAGAUGAAUCAGGAGCUGAUUGCACCUUUUAGGAGGGAUGAAGUUGAUAUGGCUUUGCAUCAAAUGGACCCCUUGAAAGCGCCAGGGCCUGACAGAAUGCCCCCAUUGUUUUUUCAGAAAUUUUGGCCAACUAUUGGGGAUGAAGUGGCAGAGGCAGUGCUGUUCUGUCUCAACACAGGUUCAGUCCCACCCUCCAUUAACUGGACUUUUAUCACUCUCAUUCCUAAGGUAAAGAGCCCGGUGAGAGUUUCAAACUAUCGUCCUAUUGCACUUUGUAAUAUUCUCUAUAAACUUAUUUCUAAAGUUCUAGCAAAUAGACUUAAGAAAAUUUUACAUUAUGUGAUAUCUGAAUCUCAAAGUGCGUUUCACUCUUCUAAAGCUAUUACAGAUAAUAUCUUAGUUGCUUUCGAGACCUUACACCACAUGAAGGCUCAAAAAUCUAAGAAGAUGGGGUUCAUGGCCAUGAAGCUAGAUAUGAGCAAGGCAUAUGAUCGGGUGGAAUGGGAGUAUGUGGCGAGGAUUAUGGAGAAAUUGGGAUUCUGUGAAAAAUGGAUCGCCUUAGUAUUGGAGUGUAUUAGCACAGUGUCGUACUCAAUCUUGAUAAAUGGAGAGCCUAAGGGAGAUAUCAAGCCUUCUAGAGGGAUUAGACAGGGUGAUCUGUUGUUACCUUACCUUUUUCUUUUAUGCUCGGAAGGCCUAAAUAGGAUGUUACAACAGGCAGCAGCUAAUGAUCAAAUAAGGGGCUUUUCCUUACGCAAACGGGGUCCAAGGAUCUCUCACCUAUUUUUUGCGGACGAUAGCUUGCCAUUUUGUAGAGCGUCCAGGUCUGAUCUGCAGGUGAUUCAGAACAUUUUAGUGUUGUAUGAACAAGCUUCGGGCCAAAAACUUAAUCGGGAAAAGACCUCCAUUUUUUUCAGCAAGGCUGUAAGCGAAGAGACAAAAGCUAAUCUUUCGGCUUUCCUAGGGGUGCAAGAAGUUAAAGAAUAUGAGAAGUACCUUGGCUUACCAGCGGUAGUGGGGAAGAAAAAGAAAGCAAGCUUUAACUACAUCAAGGAGAGGGUUUGGAGUAAACUUCAGGGGUGGAAGGAGAAGCUAUUGUCCCAAGCAGGUAGGGAGAUUUUACUUAAGGUCAUGGUACAAGCAAUUCCCACUUUUGCUAUGAGUUGCUUCAAGCUACCAGUGGGAUUGUGUGAUGAGAUUGAGGCGCUGAUUCGAAAAUUUUACUGGGGGCAAAAGGGUGAACAAAGGAAAGUCCAUUGGAAGAGAUGGGAUGUUCUGUGUAAACCCAAAGCAAAAGGUGGGAUGGGCUUCAAGGAGUUGGCAAAAUUCAAUGAUGCAAUGCUAGCAAGGCAAGUAUGGAGGCUUUUGAAGGACCAAAACUCUCUGUUUUACCGAGUUUUCAAAGCGAAAUAUUUUCCUAGAGGGUCAGUUUUUGAAGCGUCGGCAGCUACUGGGUCCUUUGCAUGGCAGAGCAUCUUAAAGGCUAGAAAGGUGGUUUCCUUGGGAAUGAGGUGGAGGUUGGGGGAUGGAAGGAGUAUAAAAAUUUAUGAUGAUAGUUGGUUGCCAGGUAAGGAGUCAGCCAAGGUGUUAUCUCCGCGUAUAUCUGCCUUAGAAGGAGCCACUGUGGACUGUUUGAUUAGGCCUGACACAAGAACAUGGGACCACAAUUUAAUUGUUCCUAUGGUUUUAAGCACAAAGAAUAAAAGCUAUCCCUCUCUGUUGGUCAAGUCAGCGAGUUCAGACACCUCAAAUCAAAAGACCUUCUGGAAUCGUAUAUGGAAAAUGCGGUUCGUGGGGCAGCAACCAAGAAGAUUGGAAGUAUUUGCUACUGUGGCUUGGUUUAUAUGGCACCGUAGGAACAAGAUUAGAUUAAAGGAAGAGUGUUUGCCUACUGUGAAGGUAUUCAACGCAGCCAGCAACUAUCUCACUGAGUAUCAGAGGAAAUUUCUGAUGAUCAAGCCGAAAACCAUACCUGGAAGAACCAUAUGGAGACCUCCGAUGGGGGAGAUGUACAAGACAAACUUUGAUGGGGCUGUCUUUGCAGAGUCUAGAGAGGCGGGAAUUGGAGUUGUAAUUCGGAAUUCAAAUGGCGAGGUGGUAGCAGCGUUGUCUGAAAAAAUUCCCUACUCGGAUUCUGUGGAGGUCUUGGAGGCUUUGGCUGCAAGAAGGGCAGCUUUAUUUGCAGUGGAGGUGGGUAUAUUUCAAUCUGUGUUUGAAGGUGACUCGGAGUUGGUGUGCAACGCGUUGAAGGCAGCUGAUGGUGGCCACCCGUCUAUUGGUCAGUUUGUUAAAGACUUUUUGUCUAUUGACAAUCUGGAUCUACAAUCAUCAGAUUAUCAGGAAUCAUUGAUGAAAGUUCACACCCAGAACAAUCAAAGUCUCAAAAGUGAUCUCUUUGAACUUCUACAGAAGGCAGACAAACUAGAUAGCAGCCUGAAAUGGAGGCUAAACUAUAUAAGUUUUGAGGGAAACCAGUGCAACAAAGUUGGCUGCAAUCCUUGCCGUUCUCAAAUACCAAAACCAAUCUUCAUGACAAAUAAUAGUUCUGUAUUAUCAAGGGUUGCAACCUCAAGUAAAACACGCAUUAGAUGGACUCAGGAUCUUCACAAUCAAUUUGUAGAAUGUGUAAAUCGUCUUUUUUUUUUUUUUUUUGAAAAGGCAACUCCAAAGGAAAUCCUAAAGAUCAUGGUUGCUAGUGGAUUAACCAUUUUGCAAGUCACUUGCAGAAAUAUCGUACUACCAGAUAUAUUUCAGAAUUUACAGAAGGUAUUUGAUUCCCUGUAUGGCAAUAGAUGUGCUGAAGUGGCAGCACCAUCUCUUAUUAGUAAAGGGAAAUCAGACAGAACUCACAUGAAUCAAUUAACGCCAUUGGAUCUCAAGACUGGCAAGGAGAUAGCAGAAGCACUGAGACUGCAACUACAUGUCCAGAGAUGCUUACAUGAACAACUGGAGGUUCAAAGAGAAGUGCAAUCAAGGAUUGAAGAACAAGGGAGGAAGCUAAAAAUAAUGUUAGACCAACAACAAAUAACAACCAAGACUCUUAUAUAAUUCUAAUAUUGAAUGUCAAAUGUGUGUUUUCAAUGGCCAUUCAGUACUCUCUCAAAGUGCUGAUUUUGGUUAAGGAUAUUGUAAGGAGAGAAGGCUGGUAACCAACAGGCAAUAUAGGGAACAGCCAACAAAAAGAUCAUGUAUCUAAUUCCAUAACUUGGAGUUGACACACCAUAUAAUCAA